GGACCAAGUUAGUGCGCAGGCGCGUGGUUGCGGCUGCAGGCUCCGAGCGACGGCAGCAGAGGUGUAGCCGGGGCAGAGACGGGGUGCGGACCCAGGCUCUGGGUGGACGGAGAGAGAUUCGGGCUCCGACGCGGUUAUUAGGUUCCUGCAAGUUAUUUGGGGCCCGGUCAAGAUUUCAAGCUAAACAUGGUGGCGAUGAGUAGCCUGAGGGUCAUUCUUCAAGCCUCUCCAUGCAAGUCACUGUGGAGAAGAUUGCAGACCGCCAGGUUCGUGCCAGCGAGGCCCUGCAGCCUCUACACCUGCACGUACAAAAGCCGGAACCGAGCCUUGCACCCGCUCUGGGAGACCGUGGACCUGGUCCCGGGGGGCGAGCGCCAGUCGCCCAUCAACAUCCGGUGGAGGGACAGCGUCUAUGAUCCUGGCUUAAAACCGCUCACCAUCUCUUACGACCCCACCACCUGCCUCCAUGUCUGGAAUAACGGGUACUCUUUCCUCGUGGAAUUUGAAGAUUCUGCAGAUAAAUCAGGGAGAAUCUGCUUCUCUCAGGAUAAGCAUCUUUACUGCUUUUGAUGCCAGUGGAUUUUGGAUUUUCAUAUUUCCUGCAAAUCAAGAUGGAAAUGAACAAAUGUUGAUCCCUUACUGAAAUGUUAUCCUCU